AUGGCGGCGGCGGCGGCGGCGGCAAAUUAGGGCAGAGCUCGCACCGCCGUGCGCGCGCGCGCGCCCACCACCCCCGGCGGACCGACCCGGAGCAGCGCCGCUCCUCGCCCGGCCCGCCCGCCCCCUCCGCUCCCUCCUCCUCCCCGCCCCCUCCGCGCCCCGCGGCGCUCGCAGUCUUCCUCAGUUACCCAGAGAAAACCCUACGUGCCCCGUAAGAGCACUGCCGCAUUGCAAGCCAACCCGAUGGCGUCCUCUACUGCUGUGCCUGUAGGAUUUCACUAUGAAACAAAAUAUGUAGUUCUUAGCUACCUGGGACUUUUAUCACAAGAGAAGCCACAAGAGCAUCCUCCUCCUUCUACUCAAGGGACUCAACAACAGCUUAUGGCACAACAUGCUUUGGAGAAAGAGGCUUUGGAGAAGAUUAAAAUAGAAAUCGAGGAGGAGCUCAAACGUCUUGAUGAAGAAAUCUUGGAAGCAUUUACCACUACAGGAUUUGACUGUCACACUUCCCCAGUGUUCAGUCCUGCCAAUCCAGAGAGCUCAAUAGAAGACUGCCUGGCUCAUUUGGGAGAAAAGGUGGCCCAGGAAUUGAAAGAACAUCUUCACAAAGCACUGCAGAGCUUGCUUAGCAAGCCAGUGACAUAUCAAGAAUAUCGAGAGCGUACACAAGAGACAGCCGCUCAUGCCAGCGGAUGGAACAAGGUCUUGGUACCCCUGGUUCUGCUACAACAGUUUCUGAUGGAGUUAACUAGACAGGGCCAGGAACCACUGAGUGCACUUGUGAACUUUGGGGUGACAUAUCUAGAAGACUAUUCUGCAGACUAUAUCAUUCAACAAGGAGGAUGGGGGACAGUCUUUACUUUGGAAUGUGAAGAGGAAGAGUACCCCGGGCUCAUCGCAGAGGACAGUAACGACAUCUACAUCCUGACCAGUGACAACUCGGGACAGGUGAGCCCCCCAGAGUCCCCCACGGUGACCACGUCGUGGCAGUCGGAGAGCCUGCCUGUCUCCCUGUCAGCGAGUCAGAGCUGGCACACGGAGAGCCUGCCAGUCUCCCUGGGACCCGAGUCCUGGCAGCAAGUGGCCAUGGAUCCUGAAGAAGUCAAAAGCCUGGACAGCAACGGAGGGGGUGAAGAGAGGAGUGAGAACAACUCUUCCAACUCGGAUAUUGUUCAUGUGGAGAAGGAAGAGAUACCGGAGGGGAUUGAGGAAGCAGUGGUGUCAGCUGUCGCUGCAGAGACCAUGCAGGCAGCGCUUCCCGAAACCCCUGCUUCUUUACAGGAAGUAAAACCUCAAGCCGAAAUUGCUGCUGUUGAAAAAGCACAUCCCUCCGCACUUCUGCGUACGAAACAGGAGGAAAAGGGAAAAGUGGCCGAAGAGCUUGUUGAACCUGAAAUCCCCAUAUUAAGUAAACCUGUCCCAAAGUUAGCCCCAUCAGAAGAAAAGGCUGCACCAGAACCUGAGAAAAUACUGCUUCCAGGGGAAAAAAAAGUGGGGAAAGAGGGCCAUUUGGAAGAAAUAGAAGAGAAAUCCUCCGCUGCAGAGGAGAAGCCUAUCUUAUUGCCGGAAGGGAAAUCUAUAUUGCUGUAUGGUGGGGCUGCUGCGGUAGCUAUAUUAGCUGUAGCAGUCGGAGUAGCACUGGCGCUUAGAAAAAAGUAAGGGAGCUCUCUUGAGGAGGAGGAGGGGGGGAGAGAGAAGAGAGCACAAUCCAAUUUUUAUAGUUGUGUUACCUAAAGGUUGAGCUGCCUGCUGUUUAAUUGGACAUUUGACUAACUUAAUGGUGAUGGGGUGAGGCUGUUCAAUAAGCCUCCAGCUGUGGACAAUCAUGUUUUUAGUAGAAUUGGGGCGGGGACUGGUUUUUCGUGACUAAAGUACAGGGGUAUUUUUAAAAAAAAUAAUAAUAAAUUCUGCAAAUUUAAGAACUUAAGUGCAGGUGCUGAAGAAAGGGGUGCUCAUACUCUAGGAACUGGAACAGAGAAUCCCCAGGGGAAGGGGACAGCCAGCUGCUGCCAACCCCUGGAGUUUUUGGCUUCUCAGACUGACCGCUAUUGCAGCUGUGCUGUCUUGUCACUUCCCAUCAUGCCCCCAAGCCCCCUCUAACAAACAUUAGCCCACCUGAGUCCUGUAGCGAGAGGCUGGUCUCCCUUUUGUCUCGGCUUCCUCUCAGGUACAGCACUGCUCCUCGUAACCUCGCAGGUUCCUCUAAGCCCCAGUGGGAGAGUGCUUAUUCUUACCUCUUUGCUCACACCGAUUUUGGCCCCUAACAUUUACUGGAGCCCCAUCCUGUAAAGAUGCUGCCUCUGUAUAGCUGUAUUAUCUCUGAGCAUCCUGGUGUUCCAGGUGGAGGGACACUGCUAUUUGCUGGUUCAAGAGUCCAUUUGCUCCGCUCCUUCCCAGCCCACUUCACUGCCACCCUUGAGUUACCAGAGGUGCAGAAUUCAUGCUGGACACGGUACCGUUCUGAUCACUGUUCUGAUACCGGGGUAUGUUCAGCAAAGGUACGGCAAAACUAUGUGGAAGUGAGGCCAGUGCCUCCUGUGCUGUUCAGAGGUCAAACGCUAUGCUGUCCUUUAUCAUGCUGCAGUCUGUAAUGUCUUUCCCAGGUUAAGCACAGAGCGCAUUUAGUCCUAACUUGGUCUUGGCUGUGACAGAAUCCCAGAAAGAUAAAGCCAUGGAUUCUAGUAACUGAGCAAAACAGCAUUAAAACAUCUCUCUCUGCCUGUUCCUGACCUGACUCAAGAGUGUUGUUCAGUGCGGCUUCUUUUGUGACUCUGAAUCUGUAAGUAGCUAAACUUACAGGUUCACAAAUGAUGAGGUUACUUUGGCAAAAAGGAAAUCCCUCUUCCUGGCAGUCACGCCACUUCAAAUGUGCAUGGAGAGAAACUUGUUGCGUAUUGCCAUUACAUAUUAGUUACGUCAGAUCCAGCCGCAAGUGUUCCUCUUUCAGUGCGCGUUUCGGUGUCUGUCUUGGGCCAUACAGCAGCUCUGGGCAAGACCCUAGGCUUUCCAGGCAGAACUACUGAUGCAUCUAAGAGCGUUUGUGCUGGCCUUGUCGCUUAGACCAGGUGGAGUUAGGUGAAAGGGAACUUGGGAUAAUGUCGAAAUCAAAAUGCGAGCUUAUGGGAAACUUACUCUUCAUAAAGCACAAAGACAAGGUCCUUUAUUUCUAAAUAACCUUAUCUAGAGUAUGUCUUCUAAUGAGCCUGUUUCGUAAGCGAUCUGAGAAUGAAGAUAUUUUAGCACAUUCUCUAUUUUAGGAUAUUCUUGCUACAUUUUCCUGUCCCACCUGUAUCCCAUGGAUGCUGGGAAGUCAGUAAGAACCAGGCAGAUUCUGAGGAAUUUUUUUUGUUUAAGCUUUUAUGAGUGGAUUUGCUAGAAAACUUCUUGGAUUUUGAACUGCGUGUGAAGUUGAAUAUUAAGAGGAAGGGUUGUCGUGUGUGUACUGUUGUGUGGACCGAACUUGGGAGCUCUGGAGUUCUGGACUUUUCUGUUGAUCAUGGAUUGCUCUUUCUCCAUGUACAAAAGGUAGCAGGUUGGCCUCAACAGAAAAAAAAUCAUCUUUACCACGUUACAAAAUGGAAUUGACUUUUUUGCCAUUUCCUGGUGCCCUCCUGGUACUCUCAUUGCUGUGCUGUGUGCCCAGAACUGGUCACUGGGACCUCCUCACACCAUGAACUCUCUGAUGUCUGCCUUCCCACCACCGCAGUUCCCUCUCCUGGCCCCUCACAGAAGCUUCCCUCACGUGGAGAGGAGAGGUGUCUUUAUGCUCCUUUUGUCAUGGACGUGCACAAAUGUUUAUGGUUUUGCUUCAUUUCACGUGUUGCAAGCGUUUAUCAAGUGACGCAGUCUGUGAGGGUACCUGGCUGUUCCUCUGUGACAAGGGCUGCUCUACUGCCUGGUGGCGAGCUGGGGUAGCUCUGCCCCUCUGCUGCUUUGCUGAUGGCUUUGGUUUCUUCCCCAGGCGUGUUCUGUGUGGGAGAAAGGCCGUUCUUCACCUGAACUACUUCCUCUCCUUAGUGGAGAUGAUGCAUUUACCACGUGGGACAUCCCCCAUCUGUAGCCACACAGCAGGUUACACAGAAGUACCGCCAUGCACUCUGAAGCAAAGAUGGACUUUGUGAACACUGGAUAACUUGUGUACAAACUGGGGGGUGUCGUGGUGGUGGUGUUUUAGUUCUUCUCUGCACCCAGUUGUUUCAGGAAAGGGGUGCAGGACAGACGAGAAGGAUAAAUCCAUUGCAGCUAGGGAAGAAGCCCCUAGCUUGUUGGCACAAGGAGCCCAGUGGGGCAUUAAAUAAAAAGUGUAGUCUCCCACACACAGCAGUAAGGUGGCAGAAGUAAUAAGGAGAAUAAAUUACUUCGUUAAGCAUUUUCGCGGUGAGGCAGAAGCCUUGACUAUCUGGUGUGUUGCUACAUUUAAUGGAGCAUCAUCUGCACCAUGUGUUUUGGUUGCGUGGUCCCUUCUGCUUCUCAUUUUAGGGUCUUCCAGCUUUGACUAGUCGGUAAGAAUUUUUACCCUCUUCUGCCCCACCCCACUGACCAUGCAUUUAGAAAAUUUAUUGUAUGUGUCUCCUUCCUUUGGGAACACUCCAUUACCUAAAAAGGUCAGUUAUGGACUUGAAUUCUGCUGAAUUUGGAGUUCUGCGGUCACAGCUGGGACAGGUCCUGUGGAAGUCACCAAGGGUGGAAAAGCUGAGAUGACAGUGUUCUUACAGACUCGAGUGCCAGGCUGCUUGCUCUAUUUUAGGUGUGAACUAGAAAAUUGAAGGGUUCCCCCUGCGCGCCCCCCCCCCCCCCCAUAUCUUCAAGUAUAUUACAGUAAUCCUAAACUGCAGGGUCUAAUUACCCCAAACAGUGUGAGGUAACCUCUUUAGUGGAUCUCUUGCAGCUGGCAGAGGAAAGGCAGUAGCUAUAUACUUAUAGGGCAUAUAGAAUUACUCUCACAUGUUGCUUAUCCCCUUCCCAAAAGUGCCUCAAUACCUGUUCUCAAGUGGCCUGUACCUCAACAGAAUAUCUACCUUAGACCCAUUCUUUCUUCACUUUAUCCUUGUCUGCAGCACACCCUAAAGCCGAGAUGUUAAACCAGCAGAGGACUGGUUUACAAAGAAGUGGUAAACACUUAAGGAACUGCAGUGGGUAGGAUGCUAACUAAGGAGCUGGCAGGGAAAAGAUAAGGUGCAACUUAAAUUUCAGUUGUGCUUAACUCUAAGCUAUACUCUUUUGGGUGUUGUGGCUGGGAGCUGGGCAAGGGCUUUCUUCAGCAAGCAUUCCUGGAGCAGGCUGGGAGCAAAGACUGAAACUUGGAAUCCCUCUUGUUGCAUGAAAGCCCAAACCACAGGCACAGAGCCAGGCCCCUGCCGGUUGCAGCAGUGUGCUGGGUGAGAGCCUGGUGGGCUCCUGCCUCCCGAGCCCCUCAAACUUCAGAAGAUCCAGGCACAGCAGUGCCAAGCGGCUCAGCUGGGGCAAAAUAGGAAUAUUACUGAGCACACGCAGAGAUGCCGCUUGAAAACUCAAGGCUUUGGUUCUGGUUGCGCUAGGUGGAAGCUGGGUAGGGGUUCUUGGUGAUAAUUUGGCUGCUGAAAGAUAUUGAAAAUAACUUCAGAUCUAAAAUACUAGAUUUGGCCCAAGGCAACACAACUAGAGCCAAGACAGCAACACUACUGCAGCCUUCUGUCCAUUCGGAUGUGACUCAUCAAGCAGCUGCCUGCUCCAGGUACUCAGCAGACCGGGGAGAAGCCCCUUGCACAGAGCCAGGGGAUGCAGUGGAGGCACGGUCUGUUUAGUAUUGCACCUGGGAUUGGACACCAGUUUACCUUCUGGCUGGAGGUCAAGUGCCUGUUGUUUUGUAGUGUUUGCAGUUGGUUGUUUCAUUCCUGACCUGCCGUCUGGAGAGCAAAUGACUACCAAGAAUCCACCCUUGUUUGUGAGGGCUUGAUUUUUCAUCUUGGCUGGGGGCUGUGCUCAGGCAUCAGCACUGCAAGGGCCGCGUGAGAGCUGUAGUGCUGAGUGCUCUUGCACAGGGCGUGUUCUGUUGCCAGAAUCCUGUUUCCUUCUUUUCACGUAGCUCUGAUCACAGCUAGGCUAGCAUUUUGGACCGUAUUUUUAAACUAAUGGAUGCUUUCUAAUGGUCACAAAUGAAAAAUUUCAUCAGUACUAAACAAGCAAAGUUCUGAAGUUGGGUCUUUUUUCAUUUUGAUGACUGUAGUACACAAAAUAAUCUGAGGUUAUAAACCUUCCCUACAGUUAAUUUCAGCUAGAGAGGUAUGGCGGUACUAGCAAAGCCCUAGUAAGGUAGAUGUUGCUAUUUGGGGGGGGGGGGGCAGGGGGGGGCCGUGCUUCUGGCAGCAUAGUCUCUCACGCACUGAACCAGAGCAAGCUCAUGCUGCAGCAUUUCAGAAUGUAAUCACUGGAUUCUUUUGCUGUGAAAUAGGGGAGUGGAGGGGUGAACACAGCCCCAGCUGCCACGCCGGGGUAGAGCCCAGGUCUUCAGUAGAAUGUCUCAUUCCAGGCAUGAAACAUACUGAAGGUCAGCAUAUUUGUAUGUGUUUUUUCCAACAGGAGCAGACACAUACAAUAGGAGUAGUGUCUACUCCAGUAGGUUACACAACAGGUGCAAGUGUUUCCCAGUGAGACAUGGAGAGGUGAGGCAUGUCAUUUCCUGUACCUAGUGAAGGCAGACGCUGUGCAGAACUUUUUAAUUUGGCUUGGUCUGCUGGAUUUCGGCACUAGGAAGGUUACAGGAACAGUAUUGCUUUGACUCCACGUAUGCAUCUGUGCUUCAAAGUGCAAGCUGCGUAUUGUGAUUAAAAAAAGGAGGGGUGGGGCGUUCAUAAGAUUUAAGCCACCACUACUUGACUCUGGCAGCACUAGCUCGGGCCCAGACGGAGCAGGGACUGCAGGGCUGGCUCUUGGCAGUGGCGCUCCAGUUGUGUACACCGAAGUGAAUCUCCCGAGUCGUGUACUUGGUGGAGGGAUGAGAACUGCGCUGGCUGGGAAGGGGUCAGCUGCAGUUUACCAAUACAGCCAGGGGAACCACAACGCAACACGGCUGAGAUCCACCUCCUUAAGUUAAAUAACUUUUAUCAGGUUUUUUCCCCUACUUAGAGCUGACCCUCUCUCGGUCUCUUAGGUAGGCUGACUUGCUUCCUCCAAGCUAGAGGUCUAUGGUUAUGCUGUAGAAGUGGGGGAGCUACAGUUAGCUUCCAGUGGAAGCUGCUUUUGAUCUCCCUGCAGUAUCUGCAGGGGAGGGAAGGAACACUUGAUUUGGACAGAAGAAGCUGCAGAGGAUGCAUCUUCCUGCUAUACCUUUAGGGGGUCUGUCCCCAUUUUUAACUCGCAUUCUAAGCUUUCGUUCAAGCAUCAAGCUAAAACCCAGUCAGACCAAAAGAAUGCCACUUGAUUUGUUAAGUAGCAAAGAGUAAUGGGACUGACUGAAGCAUGCAUGUUAGGGGAUAUCUUCUGCUAGGCUUCUGCUGGGUGUAAGCAGAUAGUGAUGGACUUCCAGGAAUUUCAAAUUCUGUUCUCAAGAGGCCUGCCUGGGGGAAGAGACCCUGACUGGUCCUUAAGUCACCCAUUAUUCAAGGAACUGGUCCUAUUGUUCCUUUUAAUAUGCAAGUGCAGCCCUCCUGGGGAAAACUGUCUAAAGCUUCUUGUGCCAUUGGGUUAAUAAAAGUGUUUCCACCUUUACAAGUUCUUUCCAGGUUCACUGUUCUAUAUUCAGUUGAAGUGAAGGGGUACAUAACAUUUUUUCCCUCUGCUAAUGGGACAGUGCUGUAAGACCAUGCCCCCUGGUUGCACUUUAAUAAAUGGUACAGUUUUCAAAAACA